UUUACAGCGGCAGAGGUCGGAGCCGGGAAUCGGCAGGCGGCGGGGCGAGGGGCUCCCGGGCGAGGGGCGGCGGAGGAGCUGCAGGUGCGGUCCGGCUGCCGAUCCCGCGGGCUGGCCGAGGCGGGAGGUAGAGCCGCCAACGUCGCGGCUCUCGGCCCGGCCUGCGGGGGUGGGGAGCGGUGCGUCCCCUCGGCCCCUUCUCCCUCCCUCCCUCAGCUCCAUACCUUCCCUCCCGCUGGGCGCGGGCUCCUGGUCCCUCCCCCGGGGGCGCUUCCUCCUCUCCGAGUCUUCCGGUCCUUUUCCGCUGCUCUCUCGCCCCCACCCCAGCAUGAACGCCCCUCCUCAUCCCAGGCGGCUCCCCUCCCCUCUCCCGCCCUCUCGGGGGUCAGCUGGCGCGGGUCCCCGGGGGUGUCGAGGUCUGUCUCCGUGCGCAGUGCUCACACCCCUUGGGUUGACUUAACUCUCCAGACGCGCAGCUCGUCCCUAAAUUACUAAGUAGGAAACAUUUGCCGUUAGCGCGGCACGUAAAGAGUUACCGAGGUUUCAAACAGGUUGUGCCUUUUCAGAAGGUGGAAGAGUCUGUUGAGUUGACCCAGCCUUGGGGACUUGGCUUCAGGCAAGACCUGGAAGAGGUCUUCAGUUGCGAAGGGAGCUUUCCUGGCUGUGGUGCCUGUGUUUUGUGUUUGCCAGGGCCUGUCUCCCCACUUGGUUUAUGUGCCUGCUAACGUUUUCUGCGUCUUUUUGGCCAGGGAGGGGCUGAAGGAAGCAACGGUAUUGUUAGUGUUGGGUAGGCCGGCAGGUUCCUAUAACUCAAGUCCGCACUUGCCUCUCUUGGGUGGGAGGACGGUCGAGGCUCCUGAGACCACCGCCUGGCCUCUCUGUGCUUGCACUUGGCCGGGAGAGACUCCUUGUUCUGACAGUGUCGGUAUUUCCAGCCUCGAUUUUAGAAAGCUUUCUUGUGUGUUAAAAGAAAUUCUCUCCAUCCAAUAUGUGUCCCACUGCUCUGGUUUUUUCAGGCCCAUGAAUAGUGUGUAUAUGGCAGACUUUCAAGUAUUUGAAAAAUCCCUUGCAUUCCUUGUAGGAGUUCUGGUUUUCACAAUGAGAAACGUCUCCAUUUCUUCCCUUAUUCCUCCGGCAGGAGGUGUGAUUUUGCUUUCGUCUCCUCAGCUUAUCUUCCACCUGAGUUACUUUGUCCAUGUUGCCCUUAGUAAGUAGCCUGAUAAGUAUAUACUUGAAUCUUGGCCCCCUUAUCAGAGCUUCAUUCUGUGUUAACUGGCCCCGUGACAGCCUCUUUGGCUACCAGUCUGAGACCUUCCUACUCUUGCUCAGCCAGCUCCUCCCCGUGCCCUUGCUGUUGGUUUUGGAAGGAGCAGCCUGAGAGUAAGGUUGUCCUGCUGGGCAGUGCCCAGUUACAUGGAGUGUUGAAUUAACGGUUGCAAAGUGUAACCAGUCAAGCAUCCAGAAAAUGAUAUGCCAUUACUUUGAGAACUUGGAUUAGAGUGGAUUAUAAAUCUAGAUUUGGUUUGUCAAAGCCAUCUCUGAGGUUGUUGUUGGUGUUUUUGGUGGCAUUAGAGCUGAUCACAUUGAUGGUUAGUAAUAAGCAAUGAUUGUUUUCAGUGUGAGGAAGUGUUAGGUUGCCAGGCAAAGUUAAUAAUAAAUAUCAGAUCCUACGAAUGGUCACGUGCAGCCCACUAGUGGCAGCAGAUAAGGUUACCACAUAGUUACUUAGCCUGUUGUUUUGGAUAGGGGUACCAGUGUGUUCAAAGUGAAAGAAUUUUGCUCCCUUGCGAAUUUUUCAAAGCAGAAUUUGGUGUAGGGUUUAAAACACAGGCCUGUGUUUGAAUGCCAGCUCUCCUUACAGACUGGUGUGUGAUCAUGAGCAAAGUAACUUUUCAGUCCGAAGUUGCCUCACAAUGUUGUGAAGCCAAAAUGAAGUCGUGACUGGCAGGUGGUGCCUGUAAAAAGAUUGUAGUUAUUUUUACUAAAAAGCUAGCCUUUGCAUGUGGAUUAAACUCUUAAAGUGAGGCAAAGUUGAAAAUAAGGGAUAAAUACUUGGUAGACAGUGAAACAUACCCAUCAUAUACUUGGUGUUUGCUUUCUAAGGAUAGAACGUUACACUCUGGGGCCUUCUAGGUGAAGAGGUGGCUUUCACCUCCACCCUGGAGGAUGUGUGAGAGCUAGACCUUUCCCUGAAGCAACCACACAGGACUCCACUUUUAACUAGUGACCCAAAUCUUAGGAUGAUUGUCCUAGCCUAGGGGUAUAGGCAUUAGCCGCAGAACUAAGUAGUUCAUCCAGGAUUGAAUUUGACCUCAUUAACACUUUAUCCUCUCUGGCUGAGUUAGUUGGCGGUGGUCUGUAACCACCAAGGGCUCUGAAACAACUUAAAAACAGGGUGAGAAUUAGAUAACUGAGCCAUCCUAGUGAUUUGAGAAGUCUCCUAUUCUGCUUUAAAAUCUUGACGAUGAAGAUGAAUCGCUCCAGUCAUAAAAUGGAAGAGUGCUUGUGUUAAGCCCCCACCUUUCACACACUUUGUAUCCUUUUGAGAAGCUGAAGAUUCAUGCAUGUGGUCAGUAACUUUCAUUCCUGGGGCAUGCUCUCCCACCGCAGUUGCUAGUUUUGUGUGUGUGGUGUGUGUAUGGAAUUUUUCUAGAGGUAGUAUUUGUGAUUCUCAUUCUGCUGUUAGAAGUCCUCAGGAUUGUGAGAGAGAAGCAAGCAUAAACUUUGUAAUAAUAAAAAUGUAACGUUAUGGACAUCAUCCUGAUUCAGAAAAUAUAUCAGCCUUUCUGAUGUCAGUUUUUUUCUUUUUUUCCCCCCAGCAGUUAAUAUAAAGUGUUUUGUAAAACAUUUUCCAUUUUAUAUGAAGUGAAAGUUACCUGUGCUUUGCCUGAGUGUGAUCUCAAAGAUGGGAGGCGCGGUGAGUGCUGGUGAGGACAACGACGAGCUGAUAGACAAUCUGAAGGAGGCGCAGUACAUCCGCUCUGAGCUGGUGGAGCAGGCUUUCCGAGCUAUUGACCGUGCAGACUAUUACCUCGAAGAAUUUAAAGAGAACGCAUAUAAAGAUUUAGCGUGGAAGCAUGGCAACAUCCACCUCUCUGCUCCGUGCAUCUACUCGGAGGUGAUGGAGGCCCUGGACCUGCAGCCUGGUCUCUCAUUCUUGAACCUGGGCAGUGGCACUGGCUACCUCAGCUCCAUGGUGGGGCUCAUCCUCGGCCCUUUUGGAGUGAACCACGGGGUAGAACUCCAUUCAGAUGUGACAGAGUAUGCAAAGCAGAAGCUGGAGUUCUUCAUCAGGACAAGCGACAGCUUUGACAAGUUUGACUUCUGUGAACCGUCCUUUGUUACUGGCAAUUGCCUGGAGAUUUCUCCAGAUUGUUCUCAGUAUGACCGGGUGUACUGCGGGGCAGGCGUGCAGAAGGAACACGAGGAGUACAUGAAGAGCCUCCUCAAGGUCGGGGGCAUCCUGGUCAUGCCGCUGGAAGAGAAGCUGACUAAGAUAACGCGCACUGGCCCUUCCGCUUGGGAAACCAAGAAGAUUCUGGCUGUCUCCUUUGCUCCGCUGAUCCAGCCCUGCCAGUCCGAGAACGGGAAGUCGAGGCUCGUCCAGUUACCACCCCUGGCGGUUCGCAGCCUGCAGGACCUGGCACGCAUCGCCAUCCGGGGCACCAUUAAGAAGGUUAUUCACCAGGAAGCAGUGAACAAAAAUGGAAAUGGACUGAAGAACACUCCCAGGUUUAAACGAAGGAGAGUUCGCCGCCGCCGAAUGGAAACGAUUGUCUUUUUGGACAAAGAGGUCUUUGCCAGUCGGAUCUCCAACCCCUCUGAUGACAACAGCUCUGGAGACCUGGAGGAGGAGCGGCAGGAAGAAGAGGUGACCACCCCGCCGAACACCAAGCCUGAGCCCCCGGUGAACUUCCUGCGUGAGAAGGUCCUGAGCCUCCCUCUGCCAGAUCCCCUGAAGUACUACCUGCUUUAUUACAGAGAGAAGUAGGUCUGUGGUUCAGGGGAGGAGAGCCAGUCUGCCUGGAGGGCCUCCGGAGCAGGUGCACUGGGCACGGAGGGGCUCCUCCCUGCAGCUUGUCUGUCCUUGACUGUCCUCCAGAGCGCUCCCCCCUCAGUCUGACUUCCGUGAACACAGUCCGCAAGUUAAGAAUGUUUUCUCAGAAGGCCGAGAGUCCGCUGGAGGAGGCUCUGACUUCCCGCUUCUCAGGAAUCACUGAGGUCUGUGUGUGGAGGCGGCUGGGAGACUGUUCCUUACACGAGAUACACUGCAUCAGAAAGGAAAACUGAAGUUGAAAUCGACCUGUGUUGCUUAUAAAAUGUGAGACAGAAAGCACAAGUUUCUAACUGUAUAAAAUCUUUUCUGAGUGGGACACGCUUGUGCCCAAGUUUGAAUUUUAUAGGAUCAACCUUUUAAUUAUUGGCACUGAGUUUCACUAAAUAAGUGAAACGGAGUGAAAAUUUCACUAAAUAUUUCAGUUAUCUGGAGUGAAGAGACACUGAAAAGCCCUCCGUUAUUUUAAGUAAAUUAAUGAAAUCUUAUGUGAGUUGUCACUUGUAAUUUAGAAAAAGAAAAAUUGGGAUGGGGGAGGAAUGAAAGUAUGAAAUUGCCAGGUGUCUAUGGAAUUGCAGAUUUCCAAGGAAUUUUUUGUGAUACCUUUGUUACCUUUAAAAGAAGUUGAGUAAUACGAUCAAAGAAAAUCCUGAAGAAGGAAAUCAGUGUCAUGUUAAGAAAGAAGCUACAUUGCUUGUGCUGCAGUGACAGAGAUGAUCAUUGAUUCAACUUUGAGGUGACAGUUUCUGAGGCUCUGUCCUCAGAGCACAUGGAAGGUACUGGCUAUAGAAAGUGGAUUGGGGAUGAUGUGGACAGCCCGUGGAGUUUUCUUCUGUUGGCUAUUUUUCUGUAAUCACAUUACAGUACUGACUCAUAGAUUUUAUCUUUUAUAAUUCUGGAGAAAAAGAUUGGUUAGUUUUGUAAUUUUUUUUUAAGAACAAACAUAAAUGAUCAGUAGCUCUGUUGCAGUAGAGUGGUUUUACUCAGCAGUGAUAUGUGCAGUCCAUCUUCUCCAGGCCUGUGUGUUGAGAGCUUCCUGUCUUGUCACGUCCCGGGUCUUGAAGCAGAGGCCGUCCUGUUAGUCGGGUGGCAGGAUGUUUACAGGUGACACUGCUUCUUCCAAAACAUUGGUUCUUGUCAGACUUUUCAAUUUCAUCCAAAGACUAGUAUAAAAUCUUAAUAGUAAAUCCAAAAUCAGAGUGCUGAUGGAAGAUUGAUCAUCCAGAUAUUAUGAUUAAUUUUAUUCCUUAGCUUCUCAAAUGUUGUUGGAGUUCAAUGCCUUUGUGGUUUCACUAGCUUCACUGAGUUCUUUUUUUUUUUUUUUCAUUUAUGCUGUUUUUUUAAAUUGAAUCAUUUUGUCAUAGAAUACUGUGUGCACGCAUAGUUGGGGAAAUGUGUACAGUGCCCUAAAUUGAAACAGUUGAGCGGUUAUAAAGAAGGUUUCUUCAUUGCUGUGCUUACCUGCCUUUCACUGGAAGUCAAGCCUCAUUCUUUCAGAGACAGAAGCAUGAGUCAUGUUUACUUGCUAAGGCUUCUGUUUGCAGCUCUUGUUGACAUUAUUCUAAUUGAUUUGUAGAGACCUCUGCAGCACAUGGACAUUUUUGGACAUAAUGUUAAAUAAGUGAUAUCUGAAAUCUGUUGUUAUUAGGUGGCUUGACUGAAUUUUUUUCUCUCAUUGUAUAUGGAUUUCCCUAUUUUUCAACCACAUUUGCCUUUAUGCUGGAUUGUAAAAACUCUUUACAAGGCAUAAGACAUUAUUUUCCCCUAUAUAUGUUAAACCCUUCCUAACAUUUUGUAUCUACAUGUUGGUUUGUGGCUUUUACACCAGAAUUUGGUUUAAAAAAAGAAAAAUAUAUAUUAGGUAGAUAGAUAGAUACUGAGUAUAUGUGAAACAAUUUGGUGUCGAUCUAUAUUAUAAAGGAGAGUCAUCAGUGAGCUUCCCCAUGUACCUACCUUUCUGUAGAGUUCAGUAUCAGUGCUUUCUGUUUUCAAAAACAGAUGAAUUAUAUAGUCUGUGUUGUCUGCAUUGUAAACCAUAGACAUUGGCUGACUUUUAUGUUUUGAGUAGUCUGCAUUUUUAUAUGUGACUUUUGUCUUGAAAGUAGUAAAGCCAUAGACAUGUGCAAAACAAAUGAUAAAUUUAUAAAUAUUAAGUGUUGUAUAGAAAUCAGCUGUGUACUUGAUAUUUUUGCCAGUCUGGAGCUUUCAGGGGAUUAAUGCAAGAAAUAGAAAACAAAGACUUUAAUGAGCGGAUACUCAAAAGAUUCCAAUAAAGGUCAUUAAGACACGUUA